AUGUUUUUAGAGAGCGUUUGUACUCAAACAUCAUCUCAACAUCCAUUUGCGUACUCAACCAAACAACUGCCGUUUGCCUGCAUCAAAUGUGGUCAACGAUUCGCUCAAGAAAAUAAAAAGCAGUUGCAUGAGGAUCGAUGUAAAUACCGACGGUUCGAGUGCUAUCUCUGUCCGCAUCAAUGUUUUGACAAAGGUCAUUUGAAUCAACAUAUGCAACUAAAACACUGGGGUCAAAAACUAUUCGAUUGUGCUGUUUGUGAAAAGAGAUUUGGUCGAAAAGGCGAUCUUAAGAAACAUUUGGCUACACAUGCCAAACCAAGCCCAUUCCGUUGUGCCAAAUGCUAUCGACUAUUUUCCAAAGAAGGUGACAGAAAAGCACACGAAGAACGCUGCCAUCGUCGCCUACAGCAGUGCUACUUGUGUAAAGAUUUAAAGACAGAUUCACGUCAAUUAAAGCUGCACAUGCUAAACUAUCAUACGGGUGAAAAACCAUUUCCGUGCAAACUAUGCGAUGCACGUUUUGCAAUGCAAGCUACUGCUAAACACCACAUGAAGACCAUUCAUCGCCAAUCGUAG